ACGUCGGGAUCGAAAUCUGAAAGACAAGUUCCCGCCAUCUUGAAAGGAAAUGCAUUAUAAUAGAAGUUUUCGGUGUGCAAUGUGAUUGAUAGACUAUUACAGAGAAUUACUGGUCCAUUGCCAUUCUUAUUAUAUUGAAUUUCAUUUAUUCACGUACGUUAGUCGGUAGAUCUCGUUGAACUUGACGAGAUCAAGGCUCUCUUCCCUGCACCAAUUCUUACUGUUGUUCAUCUUUUGAAUUAAAUAACCAUGAGUGACUUUCAAGAAUAUCCAGAUGUUGUUCAGGAGGUUAGAGGUGCACUGAAUCCUGGAAGGUUAAAAUUACAAAGCAACAGUAUCAUCUUUAAAAACAAUAAAACGGGUAAAAUUGACCAGUACCCAGGCACUGAUGUAGAUAAAGUCCAUUGGCUGAAGAGAGCACGUGGAAGCUGUUUGAAAUUUCUUCUAUCAAGUGGCACCAUUCACAGAUAUGAUGGCUUCAAGGAAGGGGAGUUUGAGAAACUUGCAGCUUUUAUUUCAAAGUACUAUAUGGUGAGUUUGGAGAAGAAAGAUAUGUCUGUGAAAGGAUGGAACUGGGGACUGGCAAACUUUACAGGGAAUGCCUUGGAGUUUGAGGUAGAGAACAAGCUGAGCUUUGAGGUUCCCCUGAGUCAUGUUUCUCACACCACUACAGCCAAACAGGAGGUGACCCUAGAGUUCCACCCUAACGAUGACGCCGCGGUCUCUCUGAUGGAGUUAAGAUUCCAUAUUCCACCAGAUCCAAAGGACAAUGAGAAAGACCUUGUACAAGAUUUCUACAACAGCGUUUUGGAGAAGGCGGACAUUAUACAGGCUACUGGAGACGCACUGGCCGUGUUCACCGAGGUCCAGUGCCUUACUCCCAGAGGUCGAUAUGAUUUCAAGAUGUAUGGCACAUUUCUACAACUUCACGGUAAAACAUUUGACUACAAGAUUCCCUAUACCACAGUUCUACGACUAUUUCUACUACCACACAAGGAUGGUAGACAGAUGUUCUUUGUGAUAAGCUUGGAUCCACCCAUAAAGCAAGGACAGACAAGAUACCAUUUUUGCAUUCUGUUGUUCAACAUCGAUGAUGAAAUGUCAAUUGAGCUGGCAAUUUCCGAUGAAGAUCUCACAGACAAAUAUGACAACAAGUUACAAAAGGAAAUGUCUGGUCCUGAGUACGAGGUCAUCAGUCGUGUGUUUAAGGCGGUGACUAACCGUAAGAUUACAGUGCCAGGGUCCUUCACCAGCAACUCAAAAUCACACUCCAUCAGCUGUUCAUACAAGGCAGCCACAGGUUUCCUCUAUCCACUGGAGAGGGGCUUCAUAUUUGUCCACAAACCCCCAAUACACAUUCGCUUUGAUGAAGUGGUGACAGUAAAUUUCGCUCGUAGUGCCGGGACAAACAGGUCCUUUGACUUUGAUGUGGAAACUAAAUCAGGAACCACCUACACAUUUGUUGGUAUAGAGAAAGACGAGUAUGGCAAGUUGUAUGAUUUUGUGACGAGCAAGAAACUGAGGGUGAAAAACAUCAAUGGGAAAGGGGACAAAGCGCCUUACCGGGAUGAUAUGUCUGGUUCUGAUGAUGAAGAUAAUCACGACGCUUACCUGGAGAGAAUGAAAGCUGAGGGCAAGGAAAGACAGAGUGGAGACGAGGAUGACGACAGCGAUAGCUCUGACGAGUCGUACAAUCCCAAUGAAAGUGCCAGUGAUGUUGCUGAAGAAUACGACAGUAAUCCUCCCACCUCCUCAGAUGACUCCUCGGAUUACGAGGACAGCAGUGGUGGAGAUUCCAAUGACGAGGAAAAGGAACAGAGGCGGAAACAACGAGAGGAGAAGAGGGCCAAGGCCAAGGAAAAAAAGAGGUCAAGGACAGCCAAAACUGUGAGAGAAAGACUUCCGGGUUCUGAGAGGAAGAAAAAGAAAUCAAAAUCGAAGAAGGAUCCAAAUGCUCCCAAGAGGCCGCAGUCUGCUUACUUCCUGUGGUUCAACGCAAACAGAGAGGAAAUGAAGAAAGAAAACCCAGAAAUGGGCAUUACAGAUCUAUCAAGAAGAGCUGGGGAACUCUGGAAGCAGGUGGAGGAUAAAACAGAGUGGAAUGAGAAAGCUGCAGAGGCAAAGAAAGCUUAUGAGAAGGCUAUGGAGGAAUACAGGAGUAAUGCUGUAAAACAGGAAGCUGGAUCAUCAGAUGACGACGAGGAAUCAGCAAAGAAGAGAAAAAGCCCGAAGAAGAGUCCCAGUAAAUCAGUGUCGGACAGUCGUGCUGGGGCAGGGUCCAAUUAUAAGAGUAAAGAGUACAUCUCCAGUUCAGGGGAUUCAUCAGGGUCGGACAGCGACGAUAAACCUCUCAAAAAGAAAGCCAAAAAGGAGGAUAGUUCCAAGGAAAAGAAGAAAAAGAAGAAAGAAAAGGGCGAGGAGAAAAAGAGAAAGUCUAAACGGCAGAACAAAGGGAGUGAAAGUGAAAGCAGUGUGGGAGAGCUCCCAGAUGAUGAAGAAAUCCUGGACACGCCCACACCAUCAGAAAAAUCAGCUUCUGAUUCGGACUAAUGUGCACUAUGUGAGAGGAAUCAUUUGUUUGAAACACAUUAUCAUGAAAUCAUUUGACUGGGGGAACUUUGUGUUGAAAAUCACGAUUCUUGUGAGACAGUGAAAGCCAAGUCCUGUGUGGUUGAUGAUGAACAAAAAACAUUUGGUAAAAUGUUAUUAAAGCAAAAUGAAUAUGAUAUUAAACACUGUAUUUUAAUAUUAAUUAAAGAUUGUUCAAGCAGGAGUCAUUUCCCAAUGUGACUAAAAACUGAAGUACGGUAUGUUGUAAUAUCUUUUUACAAUGUGAAUUAAAAUGAGAAAAUGUU